AUGAAUCUUGUCCUCGAAAAACAACAACAAGAUAUGAUUGAUAAUCGAUUUACAGUCGCAUAUUUAAAACGAGCUAUUUCAAAUAAUUUACCAUGUUUUUAUAUACAAUUUGAAGAAGAUUUAAAUAGUGGACAAUUACCAUUAACAAGGAAAGUAGCUCAUAUAUUAAACCAAUUCUUUAGCAAUAAAUGGGAACCAUCAUUCAAAGGAUUUACCAUAUAUUAUCGAUUUGCUAUUACAGAUUUAAAUGAAUAUUAUGCAGCUUUGAAUCUAGGUCGAGUAGCCAUUUGCAAUCAACUAUUUCCUCUUACUCCAUUUAGAUCUGGUUAUAAAAUGACAUAUUGUUCAAAAUGUUGGAAAUUACGACAUACUAGAGACUUUUGCAGUGAACAAUCAAGAUGUCGUAUAUGUUUGGCUCAAUUUGAAAAUGAUGUUCAACAUAAUUGCUUAGGAACACCAAAAUGUGCACAAUGUAAUGAAGCUCAUUGGUCAUUAGAUAACAAAUGUGCAGUUGUAAAACAAUAUCGUUAUGAUCUUAAAAAGGCAGUUAAUGAUGCAAUUAUAACUAGAAAAAUUUCAAAAGAUCCAUCAAAUGAAAAUAAAAGACCUUUCAUUAGUAUGCAAGAUGAUUUUCCUGUUCUUAAACAUGUAUCACAAGAAAUUAAAUCAACAAUAUGA